ACAAACAAGCAUAAUCUGGACAAGAUUGGUAAUGCUGCCAAAAUUUACCCCCUUUUUUUCUUCAAACCCUAGCUUCUUUAACUGACCAGUAGCAAGUAAUUGAACCGCUUUUACAUCUCUAACUAAAUCCGGUUUCCCAUAAGAAACCACCCUUUAUUUUCCCUUCCUGGUCCCAACAUUUGCUACCUGCCGUGGGCACUCCUAAAUUCAACCUCCUUUUCCACCAUAUUGGCUUGGCCUCUCUUUCUUUUAUAUUACCUCUUUGGUUCCUUUCUCUCUCCGAAUAAAUUUUUUUCUACAUAUAAAGAACAAUAGUUUACUGUUGUGAUACAUAGCCCGGUUUUAAAGCAAGGAGUUGAGGGAAUAAAAGCCCUUUUUUUUUUUUUUUGUUUACCAAGUGUUGCUUUCUUCUUGUGGUUUUUGUUACUUGUUGCAGAAGAGCUAUUGGUUCUCUUUUCUUUACCUUUUCUUUCUUGGUUUUCUUUGUUGCUUUCUUCUUGGCGUUGAGGAGAGGUAGCUCUAAGCUUUGAUUUGAUUUUUUUGCUUGAAAGACAUGUCGAGCUUUAUCGAUGUUGUGCCUGAGCAGCUCUGCUAUAUCCCGUGCAACUUUUGCAACAUAGUUCUUGCGGUGAGCGUUCCAUGCAGUAGCCUGUUUGAUAUUGUGACCGUCCGAUGCGGGCACUGCACCAAUCUAUGGUCCGUGAACAUGGCAGCUGCAUUUCAGUCACUUUCAUGGCAAGAUAUUCAGGCACCCAAUUAUGUAACACAAGAUUACAGGACCGAUUUGGGUUCCUCUUCCAAAUGCAACAGUAAGUUCUCAAUGCGAGCUCCUUCUAACCAUGCCACUGAGGAAAGGGUAGUGAAUCGACCUCCCGAGAAGAGGCAGCGAGUACCAUCUGCAUACAAUCAAUUCAUAAGAGAGGAGAUCCAAAGGAUCAAGGCCAACAAUCCCGAUAUCAGCCACAGGGAAGCAUUCAGCACUGCUGCUAAGAACUGGGCGCACUUCCCUCAUAUCCAUUUUGGGCUGAUGCUGGAAACCAACAAUCAAACUAAGCUGGGAUGAUGCUUCUGAUAAGCAUCUCGUGUCAAGGACUGCACUGCUGAACUGCACUGCUGAACAAGUGAUUAUGUUUAAGAUUUCAACUAAUACCCUUUCCCAGUGAAGGCAGUCUAUUGUUUGAAGUGAAGAAAGUUCUUGAUCCAAUGUGUUUUUAAGUGACAUGAAUUUACAUUCCUUAGUUUUAUUUUGUCUUUAAGUUGUUUAGAACAUGUUAUUUACUUGAACUGAGCUACUUUCCCUUGUUGUCUUCAUCAUCCCAUCCACUUUUCAAGUGAACUUUUAUAUAUAUAAUCACUAAAA